UUUGCUAGAUGGGUAAAGCCAUGUCGGCCUUCUCUGUUCAGGGCGCCGAUGUCCUGUUCGAUAGCUUUUUCCUUUAAUAAUCCCAUGAAUCUCCUUUAUAAAUCAAGCACUUUCCGUCUCUCAUCUUCACACAGUCCAUCUCUCCUCUCAAUAUACACAUAUAUAUCUAGCCACACACACACGCACACUUGUUUCUCCUUAAAAACAUUCGAGCAAGAAAAAACAUUGAAAAAUGGAGGAGUUUUGGACAACCAUGGCUUCAAUGAUGGGGUUUUGGGCAUUCUGCCAGACCAUUCUAUACACAAUCUUCCCACCAGAACUCCGUUUUGCCUUUCUCAAAUCCUUUCACAAAAUUUUCAAUUUCUUCACAUCGUACUGCUACUACGACAUCACAGAAGUUGACGGCGUCAACACCAACGAACUUUACAACGCCGUGCAGCUCUAUCUCAGCAGCUCAGCAGCGAAUUCCGCCACCCGCCGCCUGAGCCUCAGCCGCGGCCUGAAUUCUAGCUCAAUCACUUUCAGCCUUUCCAACAACGACCGCGUAGUAGAUUCCUACAAUGGCGUAAAAGUCGCGUGGGAACAUGUUAUUACUCAAAGGCAAACACAAACAUUUUCUUGGAGGCCAUUGCCGGAGGAGAAACGAGGUUUUAUUCUACGUGCCAAGAAUAAGGACAAGACUGUAGUAUUAGGAUCCUAUAUAGAUUUCAUCGUGGAAAAGGCAAAAGAUUUACGUAGAAAACACCAAGAUCGUUUGCUUUACACGAAUUCACAUGGAGGUUCAUUAGAUUCACGAGGCCAGCCUUGGGAAUCUGUACCCUUUAAGCAUCCCGGUACUUUUAAUACACUUGCAAUGGAUCCUUUGAAGAAGGCUGAAAUUAUGGCUGAUCUUUUGGAUUUUGCUAAUGGAGAGUCUUUCUAUCAAAGAACUGGGAGAGCUUGGAAAAGAGGGUAUUUAUUAUAUGGUCCUCCUGGAACUGGAAAAUCUAGCAUGAUUGCAGCCAUGGCUAAUUAUCUUGGAUAUGAUAUUUAUGAUCUUGAAUUGACUGAGGUGAAUACGAAUUCCGAAUUGAGGAAGUUACUGAUGAAAACCAGCUCGAAAUCGAUCAUUGUUAUUGAGGAUAUAGAUUGUUCAAUAAAUUUUACUAUUAGAAAUGAGAAUGGGGUUGGAAAAAUUAACUAUCUAGCGGGGUCUACUCGGGCUGAGGAUGGUGGAAAGACGAUAACCCUUUCGGGGUUAUUGAAUUUUACUGAUGGAUUAUGGUCUUGUUGUGGGAAUGAGAGGAUUUUUGUAUUUACGACGAACCAUGUUGAGAAGCUUGAUCCGGCAUUGUUGAGGAGUGGGAGGAUGGACAUGCACAUACAUAUGAGUUAUUGUUCUUUUUCAGCAUUAAAGAUUCUUUUCAAGAAUUACUUGGGAUGCGAGGAUGAUCAGUUGGACGGAGAAGUUUUGAAGGAGUUGGAGGGUGUGAUUGAUGAGGCGAAAAUGACACCGGCCGACAUUAGUGAGGUCUUGAUCAAGAACCGGCGCAAUAAGGAUAAGGCCAGGAGGGAAUUGUUGGAAGCAUUGAAGACGAGGGCCGAGAGGAAUCGGGUGAAACCGAGGAAAAUGAACAUAAAUGAGGACGAAGAUGAGGAGCAGGAGAGGCGGGGUUUAUAUGGUCCAAAACAAGAUUGUGAUCUAUUGCAAGAAAGUUGCCAGAAAUUUGGUGAGAAAGAUGAUGAUCAGAAGAAAUAGUAAAGGUAUCUUUGAGAUGCAGUAUUAGACUGGAGUCGACCGAGCAAUGGCUGGUAGGGGCUCUGGAACUGAAAUAAACAAAGGAUUGUAUGACAGUUUGAUGCCUGAUAAUCAUGAAAAUACAAAUAUAUACAUGCCUGCUUUUGAUUAGCUUAUUUGCAUGUGGUCUGUUCAGUUAUAUUUGUUUUUGUAUUCUAGUAUCUCAACCACAUGCUGCUGUUCUGUCCUAUGAAAUCCAUUGUGUAACAUACUGCUUUUACCAAUAGUGUGUAUUGUUAGCUUGUUGAUGUGUGAUUACACCUACGGGAACAUGGUUAUGCGUGUAA